AUGUUGUCGAUUCUUCGCUACCGACGUCUCAGGAAAGAGCUGGAGAAAAGCAUUCAGAUAAAUAGCUCUCAACAGAGCUAUAAAGACGAUUCACCACUACGAGGUUCUGGAGAACUCACACGAGACAAUUAUACAGAGAACAGGGCUACCCAGCGUGAAACCACCGCUCACGAUGGAUAUUCAGAAAAACCGGGAGCAAGUCCACGUACGACAGUAACAUUGCAUAACGGGCAAAGAGUCCACAUCCCCGGCAUCGAAGUGGUGUCUUCAGGCUCUCUCCCUGGGACUGGAGAGCCAGCAGAAAUUUUCCUUGUUGGGUUUGAUGGUGACCAUGACCAACUGAACCCAAGAAACUGGCCAUUGGCCCAGAAAUGGAGGACGUUGGGCAUUGUCGGAAUGACUGGCUUUCUCGUCAGCUGGGCUUCAUCUAUAGACUCAGCAGUGACCAAACAAGUUCAAGCGGACUUUGGGGUCAGUGAUCUGACCGAGUCGUUGGCUACUGCACUCUACCUGAUCGCCUUUGGUUUUGGCUCCCUGGUAGCUGCGCCAUUUUCCGAAACUGUCGGCCGCAACCCCGUCUAUCUGGUGACUCUUUCAGUUUUCAUGAUUUUCAUUAUGGCAUCUGGCCUCGCUCCAAAUAUUGGAGGUCAACUAGCCUUUCGUUUUCUUGCCGGUCUUUUCGGAUGUACACCCCUGACGACCUUUGGCGGGAGCAUGUCCGACAUCUUCGACCUGUUGGAACGAACAUACGCUUUCCCUGUGUGCUGCUCGCUAUCAUUCCUCGGCCCCUUUUUGGCACCAAUGGUUGGUGCUUUUAUUGGCCAGAGCACAGCAAUCAGCUGGCGCUGGUCAGAAUGGACCUCGUUGAUCAUAGCCGGUCUUAUCACAGGCGCAAUCUUCCUCUUCGUGCCUGAGACCUAUACACCUGUUCUUCUAAAGUGGAAAGCAAACCAUCUGCGCUCUAUCACUGGUGAUCCUCGAUUCAAAGCACCCUUUGAACUCAGACAGAUCUCGCUCUCUUCUCGGCUGCUGCGUAGCUGCUCUCGUCCUUUCAAACUCUUCUUCGGUGAACUCAUGGUCGCCCUAUUCACAAUGUAUCUCGUCGUCGUGUAUAUUGUGCUUUUUGGCUUUUUGACUGGAUAUGACUUUAUCUAUGGGCAAACUUAUGGCUUCUCUCAGGGGUCUGUCGGCCUCGCGUUUAUUCCAAUGAACAUCGGCUUUUUGGUUGCAUUCGCCAUCAUCCCUCACGUGUACCUCAAAUACAAGAAGACACUCCAAAUAGCUGCAAGGACUGAAAAGGGUCACCCGGAACCAGAGGAAAGACUGUGGUAUGCCAUGUACGGUGCUCCAUGGCUGCCGAUUUCCCUGUUCUGGAUGGGCUGGACAAGCUACCCGUCAAUCUCGUACUGGUCCAGUCUGGUAUCGUCGGUGGCAUUUGGAUUUGCUGUACAGGGAAUCUUCAUUUCAAGCUACCAGUAUCUCAUUGAUACGUAUGAGGAGUACGCAGCUAGUGCGCUCGUCAGCGCGACGUUCUUUCGAUACAUCGCAUCUGGGGUUAUGGUGGUCGUCACACUGCCCAUGUACAAAAAUCUUGGCGUUCAUUGGGCGUUGACGCUGCUGGGAUGUAUCUCGCUGGUCAUGACACCGGUUCCAUAUGUAUUUUAUAGAUAUGGACACAUCUUCCGGGCACGCAGCAAGGCAGCUGCAACAUGA